UGGAAAGGUUUCCCUUUGGCUUUCACUCUCACCCUCGGAUUAGUGUGUCAGGCAGUAUUUACUGCUAAACUGUGCGAAAACAAAGGCAGUUGCCACAGUUUACAUGGAUGUGUUUGGUCAUAGAUGAUUAAGGUUAUUGGCAAGGCAGCGGUUGGGGUUGGGGUUGGGGUUGGGGCCUGUCUGUCAUUGAGAAGCAGAUCCGAUUUGUGCAACGCUGCCUCAGUGUAGAAAGUCUGGGCUCUCCGCAGUGUUUAUAGGCUGGUUCAUUGUUGAUAAUCCGUCAAUCUUCAAGUCCAAGGGGGAGAGGUCAGUGUGGCUAGCAUAGCAGGCUGCGCUGCAGAACCAUCCAGGAAGUCAUCAAAGUAGUUAAAUAACAUCACUUUCACUUUGUUUUUUUCUACAGUAAAGCUGAAACAACGGUAUGAGUUCGGCCGCGUCUCUGACAAUUGGGGAGUUAUUCCUCGUCCUCAGUGAGAUGGGUUUCACAGAGGAACAGAUCCAGGCGGCCGUGCAGGCAGGGCACUUUUCUGUGCCAGAGGCAGCUGAGUGGCUCUUACAGGGUCAGUAUCCAAGGCACAGGUUGGUCAAGCAGUCAUCACAGCCAGUUGAAACAGCAUUUUCUGCUUUCAACCCACCCAAAGAGGCAGCAAGCACUUCAGAGUCACAUACAUCUCCCACUGAAAGUAGAGUUUGCCCUUCAUUGGUGCUGAGACCGUCACAAUCCUGCACCCUGUCCCCCGAACCACUACCAGUUGAGUCGCGCAUCAAACAAGACAAGAGUGACUUUGAAGAGCAAGAAAGACAACGUGUCGCUCAGGAAGCCAGAGCUGAGAGAAGACAAAAGAAACAGGAGCGCGAAUUGGUGUUAAAGCGGAUAGCCGAGGAUCGGAGGAGCUUGCAGGAGAAGAUCCAGACCAGCGCUGCCACAGAGACGUCUCCUCCCAGUGGCCAAGGGCAGAAGCUUGGGGGAAAGAUUCAGACAAAUGUUGACAACAACUGCGUCCUCAUGAUUCGGUUGCCAUCUGGUGAGUCAAUACGUGAACGCUUCCCAGCUGAUGCCCCUCUGCGCAGCGUCAUGGAGCACAUCACCGGCCGUCACCCCUCCCUACCCUCCUUUUCUCUCCUUCAGGGUUUCCCUCGGAAACGCUUUGGGGAGGCAGAGCUUGCUUGCUCACUGCGCUCUCUUGGCCUCACACCCAACGCUGCACUGUGCAUUCAGACCACUCCUCCAGAAACACCUCAGGAUCCACCGAGUCCUGCAGAUCCAUCACUAGCAGGAAACAAUGAGACAUCUCCAUGUGCUUUGCCUCCUCAGCCUCAUAUCCCUGUCCAGGAGGGGGCAGGGGGACAGGACCCUUUUCUACCCCCUCCACUACCCAACCAGCUGUGGGAAGAGGCAGCGAAUUAUGCGGGGAUCCCCGGAGUUGCUCCUUCACUGUCUGGGCCGUCUCACUUCUGGGGGCGAGGUCAGAGGUUGGUUCCUGGUAAUGCCGAGGAAGCUGCUGGCAUAGAGGAAGAUGAGGAGGAACAAGAAGGAGAAGAAGAACCACCUCACAUGCUUAACGGAAUGCCAAGGCUGCCUUUCUUUCCUGAGAACAGGUUUCGAGGAGGAUUUGAGCCUAGACACCACUGGCCAGAGCAAGGCAAUCGACUCAGGGAGGGUCCAGCAGAAGACCCAGCUGAGCCUGAGGAUGCAGGGGGUCGGGUGGCGCCGGAGGCUGCAGGCCUGGCUGCAGUGGAGCGUCUUCAAAGAGCUGCACAGCAAGAAGACCCCCGUGCCUCCCAGGGACAGCCAUCACCACCUAAAAGACCCUUCAGGACACCUAGCGUGCCACCCCUAUGUGCCUUGGCUACCCGUGCAACUGUGCACCUCAUGACUGCUCCAAGUAUGCAGUACAGCAGCAGUCUGGCAUGCCUGACCCCGGAGCUAGCAGAGCUUCUGCUCAACCACAUGUCCCGUGAAAGGCUCCUUCGUCCACGCACCCUGGAGCUCUUCUUUGGCUGCCCAUUGCAGAAGUUUGUUCUUAACUGCUACCCUUACUCCACCAACGAGCUCCUGCGGCAGUUAAGAGGAUUUACAGCGCUGAAACAUCUGAGUCUGGUCAACUCACCUCUCAUCACUGACUCUGGUCUGUCGAUCCUGUCCAGCCUGGUCAGACUCCAGUACCUCAACCUGGCUUCCUGCAGCAAACUGACUGACUCCUGUUUGCAGCAUAUCAGAGGUUUGAAGAGUCUGUGUUUCCUGUCCCUGGACCAGACCAAAGUGACCGAUGCUGGAAUGGUGCUAUAUCUCCAGUCAGCUCCGUCCUGCCUCUCUCAGCUCAGCCUGAACCAGACAGCAGUGACAGAAGCUACGUUGGUAGUCCUUCCCACCGCCGUGCCACAGCUGCGACUUCUCAGCAUCAAGCAGACUAAGGUUGAGGAUAUCUCAGCUUUGGCAGAGCUGCCCAGCCUGCAGACUCUCAACCUGGACGGGACAGGCGUGACAGAGGUGUCACUGAAGUACCUCGCCACCCUCCCUGCCCUGUCUUCCCUCAGUUUGGCAGGAAUUCCUGUCGCUGAUGGCAAUCACGCCCUGCAGAUCAUCUCAGGUCUAAAGUUGACUCACCUCACCCUCCCUGGACGCCAUUCUGUGAAUGACAGUGGGUUGUCAUACCUCUCUGAUCUGUCUCUGCUCUCAGAGCUGGAUUUGACGGACUACACACAAGUUACAGACCAGGGAGUCAAACAGCUCUCCACCAUGACUAGGUUGAAGAAGCUGUCACUCAGCAACACUCAGGUAACAGAUGCAGGGCUUCCCUCUCUGCGCGGCCUGCAGGAGCUGCAGGAGCUGUGUCUGGACCGUACGGCAGUCACUAGCCGAGGAGUGGCUGAACUCAUCGUCUGUUUGCCACACCUCCAGGUGUUGGGGUUAGCCAGCACUCAGGUGGGAGACACAGUAGUGAGGAGAGGUUUGAUCCAUUGCAAUCAGCUUGUUAAACUUAAUCUCAGCCGCACACGGAUCACAGACCACGGUCUGAAGUUUCUGAAACACGUGCGUCUGGCUCAGGUGAACCUGGACGGCACCGGUGUGAGUCUGAUGGGCAUUGCGAGCCUCCUCUCUUUCACCAACAUCAGCAGCAUCCGGGCCAGCAAUACUCGUGCCGUACCCCCUGACGAGGUGUCAGAUGAGGAGUGGGAGGCCCAGUGAGCAUCAAUACCUUCAGCUGGUCCACGCAUUAUUGUACCCGAGAGCGCCUCUGACUGCUGGUGUCCUCUCUUAGCCCCUGAAACAUGCUGCCACCAGGAUCGCCUGGAAACAGCAAAACCGAAACACUCUUUCGACUUACACCAUUUCAACUGCAGGUAGUGCCACUAAUCUGUCAAUCACGCACACUAAGUUGAAACCUUAAACGGGAGCCUUGUAUUAAACAAUUAGGCUGUUUUCAAUGUUUACAUAUAACUAAUCAGUCAGUAUUUACUUGCAUAUACUGCAGCCCUUUGUCUCUGGAAAAGUUUACUUGACAAACUUCAUAGCUUUAAAGCUUUAUGUGCAGCUUUAUAGGUUGGAGAUAACUCUGUUUCUCCUGGUUGGCACUUUUUGAGGGGACUGGCAGAAAUAUACUUUAUGUUGGAAAUGUAACAUAUAACACAGCAUGUAUUUAAAGACUGUACUGACUGAUAGACUGAUUUGUCUACAUAGUAAAUGACAGCCUAAUUAACAAAUUGUCAAUCCAACCAAAUAUGGUUGUUGAUGUUUUGGAGCGAUGUGAAGGCAGAUAAUGUCUUCCAAUCAUGGUUCUGCCACUUAAUUAUGGAAUUAACAUUGGAUUUUGAGCUGUAUUCAUUUCAUAUUGUAUUUACCAGAAGAAUGAAUUGCCAGCUGGGAAGACAGUUGUUAGCUUGAAUAUUUGAUGGCAUUGUGAUGGUACACUGACAUCAGCUGUCCAAGAUCUAAACUAUAGCUUGACCAGUACUUGGUUUUGGAAGCUCAUACCUAUAUUGAUGCUUGAGUUACAGAACUUUGAUAAUGGUGAUGGCCUACUGAUGAUAAAAAUCUAGAGUUAAACACCGUAAUACAAUAGGCUCUGUGGAAGAAAGGCAAAAGAUGUUUGGCAGCUGUCAGCUUAUGAGUGGCUUUAGAUUCACCAAAAAGCUUUGGAUGCGUGUUUCCCAUUUAACACGAAUUCCCAACACCACAUUUCCAUUCCAGUUUUUCCUGAACACAGCUUUUGUAAGGGGCUCUAGAAAAAUAUGGCAGACUUAAGAAUUCAUUAUGACUUUAUUACUUUUGGAAUUGCACCUGUAUGGAUGUUAGGUGACAGGUGGCUUGCUGAAUAUUAAUAAUUUCUUAACUGCAUCCUGGAGAUGCAUUGGCCUCAGUUGAUGUUUUGUAAAUGGCUUUAAGAUUAACUACUUUUAUUAUUGUUAGUUUGCCAAUAACUGUCUAUUUUUGGACAGCCUAGCCAUUCUCAGUAACCAGGACAACUGGGUGAGCAGCAUACACAGUGUAGUGACCGUAAUAUGAGGUAGGAUCUAUGCAGCCAUGGGGCUCAAGUCAGAAUCCAAAGCAACUUCUUAUCACUUCUUUUGUCCUCUUGUUUACAGAGAUUUAAAAUAGUUUAUUUUCCCUGAAGGCUUUUCAUUUGUGGAGACAAGCAAGGUAUUCAUUUUGUUUAAAAUGAAAAA